GAAGCUACCACUCACCUUGAGGGGCUAUGGACGGCAGGCGAGUCCUACUACGUGGGAAGAGAGGGGCGUGGACACGCCGCAGCUACUUUCCCAGCCCCGGCGCUUGACCAGAAAAGGCUGAGACUGUGCGCCGCAGAUUGGAGACCAGUUCUGCGUUACUCUGUGGGUAGGGUCAGAAGUCUAAAACGGUAGGAGCGGUCUAAAGCAUCCUGAGCGCAGCCCUGCUGGGACCCAAGUUACUGGUGGGAAGAAUGCGAAGGAGAAGGUUUACAGAUCGUAAGGGCAAGCACCGACAGGCGAGGAGGGAAACCCAGAUGUUACUAGGGCUUUAGGGGAAGGUCAGAGGUCACGAAGUUGUGCAUGCAGCUGUUACCAUAGUAACCAGGGGGCCGGAUGUGGCAGUCUUUGUGUGCGACAGCCCUCUUCUCAGACCUAGCUGGAGAGCCUGAGGAUCUUGUACACUGAGAAGCCGGUGGUGGAGGUUUUUUCAGCGAGGGAAGAAGAAAGGAAUUUUUAAGCACUUAUAGAAGCGCAGCGAAGGAAAGGUUUGAGAUUGCCGCUGUGCCUGACAGAGACCGAGGGAGGCGGCUGACGUGAGAAAGCCUCACAAAGGCACCCACACCCUCCCGGAAACUAAAUGGGGGCGCCUCAGCUUCCACGUCCACCGCCCCCCGGAAGCGGAAACAAUCCCAGCGUGCCCCUUCACCGUCCUCCAAGUCCCGUUGCAGCCAUUGCAGGAACUACCAUGCCCAAACGAAAGAAGCAGAAUAUGCAGCAGCAGCUGACACUGGACCCCCAAGUGCCAAAGCGGGAAGAAAUUGGAGACGAAGAUGAUGGAAUUCCUACGGGACCACCCAGCCUUCUGGGCCCUCCCCCCAUGACCAAUGGAAAGCCUGGUGACCCCAAGUCAGCUUUUCACAGAGGUCCUCCAGGAUCAAGGGGACUGAUGAUUCCACCACUGCUGACUCUCCCACCUCCUCUCCGGGGCAGAGUCCCAGUUUGGGGAGACUUUGCCCCCAGGUGUGGCCCAUAUGGUCGUGGUUGGUGGGGAGUCAGUGCUGAGCCUCCUUUUCCCAGACCAGGCCAUAGUAAUCCCUCCAGAGGAAGCUUUCACAAAGAACAGAGACAACCUCGAAGGCUCAAAAGCUGGUCACUUGUCAAGAAUACCUGCCCUCCCAAGAAUGAACCCCAGAUUAUGGAAGACAAAUCUGACCGCCCUGUUUGCCGACACUUUGCCAAAAAGGGCCACUGUCGAUAUGAGGACCUCUGUGCGUUCUACCACCCAGGCGUCAAUGGACCUCCUCUGUGAGACUGCCUUCCCAUCCAACCUGGAAGGAGCCCUCCUUGACCUAGCGGCCACAUAUUUCCCUGUGGCCCUGUGAUAGCUACUGUGAUGUUGUUCAACCCACCACCUCCCAGUCAGUGACACCCACCCCUGUCCACCCCUCUCCCAUUUGGGGUUGAGAGUUGUGUUUCAUCACUGGUGUUCAGUGUGCACUCUUCUGAUCAGUCUCCAGAGACUUGCCUUCAAUAUCCCAUCUUUGUUCCUUUCAUUUGCUUCCUGGAUCCUCUCUCCCUUGCCAACUGACUGCUAAGCAGGAAAUUUACUUGGUGCUGUUUCUUGUGCAAUUGUUCAUGGAGCCCCCAGUAUUGUCCUCAAUUCCUGAGCCCUGGAGCAGUUUCCUACCAUUCCCUCCUUCUAGCUGCUCGUUUUGAGUCCUUUAUAUGUGAUACGUCCUGCUCCCAAUGUUAGCAGCUACUCUGUGGAUCUCCCCAGGUUGUCUGACCUGGGGUCAAGUUUCAGUGACUAGUACAGAGUCACUCCCUGAAAAGCCACUGUCCCUGCUUUUGGAUUUUGUAGUUUCACCAUCAGUAGCAUGGCCUCCACCACUGUGGUCUGUGAUCACUGUGCUUUGUGAAACCUGCAUUCCCUCGUAGGCUUUUUCAGUGUCCAUGGCAUUUCUGUGGUUUAACACACUAUAUAGAGUAUUUCUGCCAAAAUGAGUGAGGUUCUUGGUGCCCUCUAGACUUUCCCCAAUCCCCAACCCUUUUGGGGAAUCCCACAAGAGUGCUUCCUUGGCCUCAUGAGAUUUCCUCUAAAGCCUCUGAUGGGCCUACCCCAUGCCCUCUACAGCUCAUUUUAGUUAGACUGCAUCAUUGUGAGGCCACCAGGCUUUUUUGUUGGAAUUCUGUGAAUCUCCACCUGGCCUGUCUUUGGGUGGAACCUGGACAGUAUUGUCCUUGCCCAGCCUCUACUUCUCUGGCACUGGUUGUUUUCUGUGAAAACAACAGUGAACAGGCUCAGUUUUGAACUGACCCUGAGGAUGUGGGUCAGGAGUUGUUAGGGCAAGAGGAAGGGCUAUUGAACUGAAAGUGAAUUUUUUUCUUUUUAAGAUAUUUUAUACUAGUAAUAAAUGCAGUGGAAAC